CCCUACCUGAUGAAGAGUGGUGAAAAAGGUCAAGUUGUGGGGUUUUAAUUGUAAAAUAAGAGUUUGUUAGAUGAGUAAAUGAAAAAGAAUUGAGUGCCGUGUAUGUGAAUUCCCCUUAAAAUUUCAAAUAUAAGUUCGUCUCCUUCCUCCCCAAUUUGUCCCAAGCGAAACCCUAACCCUAAUUUUCAGACGGAGGUUUCAAGCGCUUCUCGAUCUCUUCUUCCAGCUACUCCGAUAUCAAUGCUCCGAAAAACAUGAAGAAGCUCGAGAGGCGAUCAGGUGAAGCCUCAGGGGUAAUUGGCAAAGGCGACGAACUUCCCCUCAUUCCAGCUCGUGGCUGCUUCGGAGACGGAUGUGAAGCUUUGGAUCCGUGGCCAGUUCAUCAGGUCCGUCAUCGAAACAACGUCUUUCUCCGUCUCUGCACGUCUUGCGUACUGAAGUACCAUCCGGGCUCCUUCUGUUGCUCUUGCUACGAAGUCCUCGACUCAGCCAAGCGUCCGCCGCUCGUCCAUUGUUCCAAAUGCCCCUCUGUUUCCCACCUUUGCUGCCUUCCGGACCCCUCCAUUGCCCCUCUCUACCUGUGCCCAGCGUGCUAUUCCCCUUCCCCGACCUUAUUCUCCUACUUCCCCUUCUCCAAGAAUUCCCCUGAUCGGGUUAUUGAUCUGCGAGCGGCUAAAAUCCUCCUCGCUGCUGCACGCCUCUCAGCCGCAUCAAUGAGCCGGGCGGCAGUCCUUGCUCGAGCUGACGCGGAGAAGAAGGUCAAGGAGGCUGCUUUGGCAAGGAAGAGGGCGAGAGACAUGCUUCAUAGAUCCUUAUUCAUCUUUGAAAAGGAGAACGAGAAGAUUAGAGACUCGGUUAGGACUGCCGUGGCACCAGUUGUCUCUGUUGCUAAUGUUGCCCCAAAGGUGGAGGUGGCAGAGCCAAAGAAGAAGGUCCCUAGACCGAGCUGUACAGUGAAAGCAGGCUCCGUGGUUCAGAAGAGGGUCCAGGAUAGGGAGAGGGAGAAGUGGAAAAGGUUUAGCGAGCCGAUUGGGUUGGUGAAUGGGUCGGCACUCGUGGUUGGUGGCAAUGAAAAGAUAAAGGGACAUUUGAAUUCAGAUGCAAAGGAUGGUUUGGUAAAGGAUGAAGAGAAGAAGGGGAUUGUCUCUGGUUCAUUCACUGAAAUUGACAAGCAAGAGCGAGAGGAGAGGUAGAAGCAAUAUAUGUUUUUCUGCUAUCUCAACCCACUUAAGGUGAGCAACCAAGUAAUAUUUAGAUUGUAAUUUUUGAGAAAUUUGUGUUUGUAAGUUGUUGCUACGUUGAAAAUAGUUUGGUAAUGUUAGUCUUAUUUGCGGGAAUUCUUGUUAGGUUGCUUCAUUUUGAUUUAGAA